AGCACCUUGCCUGCGGCGGCGAGGCGCGAGAGGAGCUGCGUCUGACUGUCUGAGGCUCUGAUUCUACACCGGCAGACCGUAGCGCCCGCCGCAGCCGUAGCAUGAGGUGGCCGCGGCCGAUCUCGCCUCCCCGCCCCCUUCUCGUCGUCCUGUUCGUCGCCCUCUGCUCGAUUCCUGGGACUACUUCGUUGAGGCUUGUCACGCUUGAUACCAUUGAUAUAUUUACUACUGGUAAAUGGUUCUCCAGCAAGCCAACUUUGUAUUUCCGUUGCAAUGGAGAUAACAUGACAUAUUUGCCUGACGUGAAGGAGCCAAACUUGAUAUACACCUUUAAGGGUGAAGAGUCAUGGCAGCCCUUAACGGAACUUGCAGAAAAGAAGUGCAAGCGAUGUGGUUUGUACGACGAUGAUUUUUUUAAAGAUCAUGUGUUUGAUGAAUGGGAGAUGUGUUCCACUGAGUUCAAAGAUGGCAAGUACACACAUUUCAAGGAAGGCCAGUUCAAUGCGACAUUCUUGUGCCCAAACUGUACUGGUUCUGCUGGUGAUUCUGCAGCACACCACUCUGGCUCGGAGGUGGAACCUAAAAAGACAUCUGUGGCGGUUAUUAUAGUAGUAAGCGUCCUUGCUUCUGUUCUAGUCAUCCUUGCCUUGUUCGGGGGUUACAAGUACUGGCUGAAGAAGAAGAGGGAGCGGGAUCAGCUACGGUUUCUCAAGCUCUUUGAAGAGGGAGACGACAUGGAUGAUGAGCUGGGCCUUAGCAAUGAACUCUAAAACCGUGAACACAGCCUGACCCUGAUCUCUGACCAUCGAUCUCAGAUGAGUCGUGUGUAAAAUUGUCUCUUACGCUUUUUCUUUUUUACAUUAGAAAUUUUGUGAUGUAUAGCAUCCCAGUAGUUGAAAGACACGACAGGAAAGCUCCGCUUUCGAUUCGUAGAACUUUUCCCUUCAUCAUACUUUUCAGCCGUUAGUGUAGUUUAUUCAGUUACGAACAAUGAACAAAUGGAUGGUAUUUCAUCAAGUA